CCCCCACCCGCCGCCUCCGGUUAGUUGUCAUUCAUUCUUUGCUUCGAGUGUUUGGGAUAAAGUUUUCAAUCAGUGAAUCUGCGGGCAGUUUGGUUCAUAGGGGAUUUUCUGUUAACAUUAUCUCUAGAGACAUGGAUGAGUGUGAAGAAGGAGAAAUUUUGGACUUCGAUGACGAGGAGGAAGUAUAUAGACCAUUGGAGCGCCCCUCUCGCCCUGAUCCUACAGUCCAGUUGCAACGACCAAGAAUUGUCGAGAGUGAAUCUGACGAUGUCACUGAAAGUAGUUCAGACUCUGACUCAAGCUCUGGACCACGGUCAGCCAAGAAGCGGAAGAUGCACCGAGUUAAACCACCUCACCAGUCAAGGCGAGAUGGCCCACCUGCUGGUCAAAGUGGUGCAAGAAUCAGGAAAAACAAUGUCUGGACUGCUGGUAUUCAAGAGGAGGCUAUUAUAAAUGACUUGGAAAAUAUUGAUGGACUGCAGAAAUUCUCCCGUGAGCGAGGAGUUGAAUCUUAUGACUUCACAUUAAAUCAAGAAAGAAUGUCCGAAGAUGAAAAUGGGAGUAGCAACCACGAAGGUAAUCAACAAGAUCAACCUGAUGCUGCCACAGAUGAAAUGUCUCUCGACUCAAAUAUAGAUUUAAGAUCAAAACUCAGUAACAAGAGAAGGUAUGAGGAAAGAGGUCACGUUAAACAGAGACUUGGAAGACGACCAAGUCCCUCUGACUUACCUUCUGACGUAGAUGAAAGACUUUUGCAAGAGAAAUGUAUCGAAGACUUAUCUAAAUCAGCCGCUGAUUCUGUGGAAGAAAUAGCUCGUGAUAUGGCUAAAAAAUUACUUGAAACAAAGGAAGAACUUAUUUUGCGAAUCAUCAACACUGUUGGCAGGGAAAAAGCCAUAGCAUUGUAUCAAAAUACUCAGAAAAUUGAAUCUGAAGGGGGAAUGCUGAUCAUGAAUGGCUCACGAAGAAGAUCUCCUGGGGGUGUGUUUUUCUUUUUGGUGAAGAAUGAUGAUGAGAUUUCUCACCAUGAAAAGCAAAUAAUAUUUGAGGAAGAUAGCAAGACCUCUAUGAAAGACUUGAAAAAGCAACGAAGGGCAGCCCGGCAGAAGAAACUUGAACAAGAAAGGAGGAAAUUCACUGAUGAUAUUGCCCGGAAUGCUGAUUUACCAGGCCUUCUUACCAGAGCGGAACUAGUCGUGCAGCAAGGGACUGCAAUAAACUGCAAGAACGGUGAUGGAAGUGUGAGUAACCCUCCACCCUCACCAGCAACAGAUAAUAGGGGUGAGAGCUCAAAUGAUAGUCCUCCCCAUCACAUACAAAUCCCUCUCUCAAAUAGAAAUGUAGCUGGAUAUGACGAUGACUUCCUUGAUUUACAUGCGGAUGAUAUGGAUGAAUUUUGAUAUGUUAAAAUGUGUUCCAAACGUGUUCCCUGCAUUUGUGAUUAAGUCUACACAUUUCAACAGCAUGACAAAUUUAUAUUUUUGGAGUAAACCUAACUGUUAUUGUUAUUAGUAAAUAAUUAGUAAAUAAGAUAAAU